AUGUUGCACGCACUGCUCAUCAUAAAUAAAGCCGGUGGGCUGAUCUACAACCGCGACUUCACCGAUGGUCUCGCAAAGCUCACCACCAACGAGUAUCUCGUCAUGGCAGGAACAUUCCACGGGGUGCACGCUAUUACGUCCCGAAUAUCACCAGUGCCAGGGUCAAGUGGGAUGGAAGUGCUGGAAGCCGAUACAUUCAGGAUUUUCUGCUUCCAAACAUUAACAGGCGUAAAAUUCCUCCUCAUCACAGACCCAUUGCAACCAUAUGCGGACAACAUGUCACGGAAAGUUUAUGAGCUUUACGGCGAUUUUGUGAUGAAGAACCCGUUCUACAAUCCUGAAAUGCCAAUCAGGAUAGAACUUUUCGAUGCAAAUGUACAGAAGCUGGCUAAACAACUGAACGCUGGAGGUUGA